UCGUUGACACAAUCUUCCUCAAACUUGGGAGACUCGGUUCUCCCUCAUCCGACGUCCGAAUUCGAUUUCGUCGACACCGUGACGCUCCUGAGAUCGCCCUCUACGCAACCAUAUUCAUCUUUUGAAGUUUCGUCGAAGUUUAUUUUUCCAGAAUCCGGCGACACUCCGGCGACGUUCCGGCGAAGCUCCGACGAACCCUCUAACGACCUCCAACUUGGAUUCCGACUCCAUAGAAUGGUUUCUCAUCUUCUUCCGAGCAAAAACCAACGCCCAGAAUCAUUCCUUUCCCUCUCUUUCUAUUCUCUCAUUUUCCCCUCCUUUUCUUGACGUGGAGUAAAUCCGAGAACGACAAGGCAACGAUCCGGGGAGGUGGAGUGUGGCACGGCGUGAACCGGGCGAGCUUCUACCGUUUUAU